GGGACCGCCAAGCCAGGAGUUGAGUCGGCGUGGUCUCUGAAGUCUGAACACAUUGUUUCCUCCACUUGCGGUUCCAUGUGCAAUGGCCAGACCGCGGUGAGAGAGAAAGAUGCGUCAACUCUUUUCCUUGAUUUUCCUUUCGUUACUAUCACUCUCUGUGUCUUCUGUCCACCCAUCGUCUAGCUCGUCCGACUACCAUGAGCAGCUUGUUCUGCGGCCGCUGCCUCUGUCAGCACUCCUAGCCAGCUUCAACUUCCGAUCCAACACGACAUUCUCCGAAUUCGAGGCGCGAAACUUCCGCUUGUUUCCACGCUCGCUCGCUCAAAUCCUGCAACAUGCCGGCACGCGCGAGCUGCAUUUGAGGUUCAGCCUGGGAAGGUGGGAUGCCGAGAGCUGGGGCGCAAGGCCGUGGGAUGGCGCCCGCGAAGGCGGGACCGGUGUCGAGUUGUGGGCGUGGCUCGAGGCCGACACGGACGAAGAAGCCGACCAUAAAUGGCUGAUCCUCACCAACGCCCUCUCGGGCCUGUUUUGCGCUUCUCUCAACUUCAUUGAUGCCACAAGGACGACGAGGCCGGUCAUGUCUUUCCAGCCUGAAGGCGACCACCCGAACUCGACAGUCACGAACAUGCAUUUGCUUUACGGCGUGCUGCCACACGAGGUUGUUUGCACAGAAAAUCUGACCCCUUUUCUGAAGCUCCUGCCGUGCAAGGGCAAGGCGGGAAUCGCGACGUUGCUUGACGGCCAUAAGCUGUUUGAUGCGUCGUGGCAGAGCAUGGCCAUUGAUAUCCGCCCAAUAUGCCCCUCGGGCGGGGAGUGCGUCCUGCAGAUCGAGCAAACCAUUGACAUGGUGCUCGACAUUGAGCGGUCUAAGCGACCAAGGGACAAUCCCAUUCCCAGGCCUCCGCCGGGCCAUGAGCUGCCCUGCGACACCUCCAAGCCAUAUCACUCGCAUGACACAUGUUUUCCCGCAGAUUACAAAGCCAACCAGGACUGGUCGCUCUCUCAGGUCUUUGGCAAGACCAUCAAAGGCACAUGUCCCCUGAUGGAUCCUACCAACCCGCCGGUGUGCCUUCAGAUCCCAGAUUCUCGCACUGUCUACAUUUCCGAUGGCGUGGUCGAAAAGAAGAACCCUGAUCGCAACUCGCGCUGCUUCGACAUCCCUCCCACAGCCGACUUUGAAAUGGUCGUCACACCUCCGAGCGACGACGACGCAGCUCAAACCUCUCCAGGCGCAGUCGGCGUACUCCAACCCGAGACACCGCUCCUGUACGCCGAACGCAGCUUCACGGGCCAUGGACAGGAGCGCGGUGGGGUACAAACGAUCUUACGCAACCCGAGCCCAGACAGAGAAGUUGAGUUUGUCUACAUGGAGACCCUGCCGUGGUUCAUGCGCAUCUACCUGCACACGAUGGAGGCGCGCAUCGCGGGCCACAACGCGGCCCACAACGCAUCCCUCAUCCAGCAAGUCUCGUACCGUCCCGCGCUAGACCGCGCGCGGGGCACUCAGCUAGAAGUGCGGAUGCGCGUUCCCGCCGCCUCGACCGUCUUUUUGACGUACGACUUUGAGAAGUCCAUCCUCCGCUACACCGAGUACCCUCCCGACGCCAACCGCGGCUUUGACGUCGCCGCCGCCGUCAUCACGAUUCUCAACUCUAACGCCGACAAGGACGCAGCCGGCGGCAGGUCUGCCGUCUACACUCUACGCACAACCUCGCUUUUGUGCAGCCUACCCACCCCCGACUUCAGUAUGCCCUAUAAUGUGAUCAUCUUUACGUCCACGGCGAUUGCCCUUGCUUUCGGAGGCAUGUUUAACAUCAUUGUACGGCGAUUUGUGGCGGCUGAUGAGGGGCCUGAGGUUGGGCUUGGCGCGCUUACGGGGAGGUUGAAAGGAAGGUUGAAUGGAUUACUGGAGAGGUUAAGGAGGCGGACGGGGAACAAGUAAUUGUUUUAUCCUCUGGUUUAUCCGGUUUGGAGAGUACUGUAGGCUGCUGUACCUGUACGGAUCUAGCUAGUCAGGGCCACAGGAUAAUGUAAACAUUGAUCCUCAUACUUGCAAGACCGCCGUCAGAACUUGGGGCCGAAUUGUACUGCCAGUUGGCGUCAAGGGAGUUGCCUAUCCGCGAAUCCGGUCGGUAAUGGUUCAAAAUCAGAGGUCACAGAACAGAUCCACGGAUGUCAGGAGCGGCCAAUACCAGGCGGCGUCCGAAUGUCAGACAGGCUUUCAAGAAGUUGCAAGCGUGACGUGUCAUACCCGCCGGACACUCACAGCUCUCUGUCG